CCCACGUAAAUAAAAUUUUGUAACGUCAUAUACAUAUAUGGCUCUACACGAUAGUUAGUGGAUAUGCUAUAUUUUGUAGCAGCUUUCACCGGGCAAUUUGUUGCAGGCCGGGAAAAACAACUUUCAGGCGAAUGAAAUAUUCCUCGCCCCUCGCCUGAGAACAAAUUUUAACUCGCAACCAAAAUACUUGCUUUGGUAGGGUUUCGCAAUAUUUUCCUGCAGACUCUGCCAAUUUUUCCUUAUCUGCAUCGUUGACAGUAACACAAUUUGUGCAGAAUCUUGAGGUGGGUGCAGUAAAGGAAUCUUUUGUCCUGCAGCAUGCCAUUGGUAAAGUGCCCUAUGGUUUGAAACUUUGAAGCAUAGUGAAGUGUUGAGAUCUCUGUGCACCAAUCAUGUCCAUAGGCAGGUUGCAUAAAAUUAGCUAAUCUCUGGGUGGAGCACAUAAUCAUAAGCCAAGUACAUUUAUCAAAAAGUACAAGGAGGAAUAGUUCCACCUCUUUCAACAAUUGAGCCAUGUCCAGUGUAUUAAAUCACCUAUGCUCACGGUCAUAUUCAUUAAAUUGCACUGGAGAUUCAUUAUUUUGGAAGCAGAGGCUUAAACAAAAGCUUGGGAAAAGAUGCGUGCCUUCUAAAAUAAAUGUCCAGACUUUGAGUGUCAGAGCAGUGCAAGGAAGUCAGAGACCUCGCCGAUUGGUUGAGUUUGUCAGAUUGGUCCCUGAACUUACAAGAAACUACUUUAAAAGUCCAUUUCGUCGAGCACUUUUUGGUGGCAUAUCUUUGCUAGGAGGAUUCUAUGUAGCACAAACAAUCUCUCUUUCGUUUGGUGCAUUAGGAGUCAAUGACGUGAUCGCUGCAGUUUUAUGUGUAAUUGUUACAGAAUAUGUUACUAGAUUCUAUUAUACUCGUUCCAAGGUUACUUUUCCAGUGGCACUGCUUAACAAUUUCAAGAUGGGUUUCACCUAUGGUCUCUUCAUUGAUGCUUUCAAGCUUGCCAGUUAGAAGGCAUAACCAAGUUGAAUUAUACAAAUUUUUUCACCUAGAAGAUGGAUCUUGGUUUCAAUGAUUGAUGCUAAUGUAGAGCGGGGAAUUUAUAUUAAGAGAGUACCUGCCUUUGAAAUUUUUGGAUGUCUUUGUUGUAAUCCAUGUGUAUACUAUGAUAUUCUUAUUCAAUCA